GAUCACCUGUCGGCAGAGAUCAUCGAUGUGCAGUCGCUACUAGCAUCUGUUUGCCGACAUGCGGUGCUGAGGCACCGGACGCAGAUCCAAGAUGUGUCCUCUCACGAUCUGUGCCCUGUCCACAUGGGAGCUCAGCUGCCGAUUUACUUCCUGUAUAUCUCCAAGCAGCUGGCAGCCAGCAUCACUGACUUCUUCACAAAACGCGAGCGCGGAGGUCAGAUGCUCAUGGCUAUGCCAAAGUUUGUCUCGGCCGAUCCGAUGAUCAAGCCUCUUCCGGCGGAUGAGGUUUGGUCUCUGGACAAAAAGGCACCGCGAAAUCCGAACGCAAAGGGGUCUUUCUCGCACUCCGACCCUCUGAAGUGGGGCUUUGCGCUCAGUGCCACAGGCCAGCCUCUCGAUCUGUCGAGGCGACCAUCCCGAAGUUCAACAAAGUUGGCGCCACUGAUGCCAAAGGAGGAUGAGGACACAACCGCCGAAGAUCAGAACCCACUGAUUCGCAUCAUGAGGAAGGCACGUCCGCAGACCACUGCAGCAUCCGUGGACGAAAGGGGACGAGCCGCUCCAGUCGAUGUCUACGGCAUGCGGGCUGCGACUGCUGGUGCUCUGGGUGUGGCUAUGGCCCGGUGGCGCAAGGGAGGAGAGGCUUACGAGAAUGUGAAGUACACGAGCUGCACUCAGACAAAGCAUCCUGUACGCUUGGUGGACGAUCGGGAGCAAGUGUCCAUCCUCUCUGCCUCCCAGGAAGCCUUCAACCUCACCGGCGGCAAGAACCAAGCUCAGCACUUUAGGAUAGCCUUGCUGAGCAAGCUCAACAACCGCCAGCGGGACUUUGUUCACGAUCACCAGAGCCCUGAGCAAGACCCGAAUGUGAAUGCGAUCUUGAAGAAGAUCACGGAGGAAGACGAUGAAGGCGAGUCGCGGGAUGAUGCGUCAACUCGCGGAGGCACUGGGAAUGGCUCGAAGCCUCUGUCCCGCACUGCCUCACGCUUGAAAUCCGCGCAGUCGAAGAACUCCUUGGCGGCAUUGUCCAAUGGAGAUGGCACUCCGCCGAUGUCGCGCUCCGUGUCUGCGUUGAAGAAUAUGUCCAAAAGCAUGUCGCGUCAGCAAUCGGGCCCGCAGCCGGCCCUUGAAGGCGGCAACCAGCCGUUAAGUCUACAAGGGCCUGGGUCAGGGCCUCAUGAUCCAGUCAGGGGCAUGCGGUCGAAGAGCAAUCUGUCUGUUGCGGAUAGCCCUGGCAAGCGGCAGCCUACGACCGGCACGAUCGGGACGCUUCGAGACCCCACAGAGUCGAUCACCAUCGAUCCACCCGCACUGCUGGAUGAAAGGCCGGCAUCACCCUGA